AUUUUCCGGCAAGUAAAAAAAAUGAUUUCGGACAACCUUAAGACGAAGAAGAAGAAUCACAAGAUACAGAAGAUGCAAAUGAUCGCCGCCGUGGCUUUCCGGUUGGUUGAGCUCUGCAUGUUUCUUGCCGUUUUCUGGAGAUUUUCCGGCCACUUGAGCACCGGCGUUGUCAAACUCUCCGGCGGGGACUUCAUCAAGACACUCUCGGGCACGUUGAUCAGCCCAAGGUUCGUGUUCCUCGUCGGAAACGCCAUAUUCCUCGUCUUGGUCCGCCGGUCCGGCCAGGAAAAACAGGGGUCCGUCGAGAACCUCGAUUUGUACGAGGAACAUCUGAAGCAAUCCUUGAAGAACCAAGAAUUUUGGCUUGGAGAACAGGGGACGAAGAAGAAGAAGAAGAAACAGGGGAAUUGUAAAAUGCGGAGGAGCCGAUCGGAAGAGGGGAGGAGGACAUGAGGAGCUGAGAAGGUCGGCGACG